CACUGUGUGUGAAGGAAUGCGAAGCUACAGGGGUCACUACGCACAGGAAACACACACCAAGGUGUAUUUAAACCUCACAUUUGUGACUUUUGUGGACUUAUUUCACACAGCUGCUUUAAGGUGAUUAUGGGAUGUACCAGCUCCUCUGCUACGGUGCGACCGUUGACACCGGAACAGGCGAAGGGAGACGAGGAUGAGACAGGAAGUAGGGUUUAUGGUCGUGGAGACUCGGCCGUGUCAAAGGACACCACAGACAGUGGGGUGGUGAUGGAGAAUAGAGACAACCCUGUGUUACCUGGAACAGUGCCUGGAAAACUUCCUCCUCUAACAUCUGAGCUUGUCAGAGAAAGUGAUGCAGACAGAAUUACACGAAAUGGCUUCCUGCAGCAGGAGAGCACUGUGCAAGAGCGCCCCAAGUCCAGUGAGAUCCUGGAGGAGCUGCUGAACCAGGGCAUCAUACCAGUGAGACAGAGCAGAGAGAGGUGCAGCGGGACUGGAGAGGCCUAUAGUAUCAUGCUAGAUGAUGGGGAGGGGGUCAGGCGACGACCUCCUGCCAGACUGGAGUCUCUGAAGGCCAAGAAGGCACAAAGUUUCCCCAGCAAAGAAGAGAUUGAGGAGAAGAUGAGACUGGCUGAGGAGAGACGCAAGUUAAGGGAAGAUGAGCUCAAGAAGGGUUUGAGGACCAAGUCGGCCCGUGCUCGGCGCCCUGCUCCCAUCUCCAGCACAGAGGAGGACAAGGACGCAGCCCACAACCCUGUUGAGCAGCUACAGUCACCGAUCACCCCAAAGCCCCUUGAUCCACUGCCUUGCUGCCCAAGUGAGGCGGCCGAGGGCAGAGAGCAGGUGAAGUCCAGAGGUGACGGCAGAGAAGUAACAGUUAGAGUAGACACAGAAGAAGGAUGGAGAGUGAAAAAUGACAGCGGAAAUAACAAAGAGGAAGGUGCAGAGAGGGUAAGUAAGUAUAGUGACAGGGAAGUGGAGUUAACCCAGGUGGAGGAGCACAGGAAGGAUCAGCUCCUCCUCACAGCCUCGGGGGAGCUAGAGAGCGAUUCUAGCUUUCAGCGUGCAGAGGACAAAGAGGAGAUAUUUUAAUUCAUUACAAAAAUGAGCCAUGAAUCAGCAAUAAGACGGAUAAAAGAGAGAGAAGAGAGCCAAAGUAAUUCCUUUUGCACAGACAAAAGGCCUGUUGAAACUUGUAAAAAGAAAGAUGUAUUAAAAACUGGCCCUACAGAUGACACCAAGCUAAUGUGGACAUUAACUGUUUGUGUCCUUAUGAAAAAGCAUUGUGUCUACAGCAGGGACUGUGACGAGUCAAUGUGAGUACUUUUUUACAACUACUCACUCAUGUGCGACCCACAAAUUUGCAGGCUUUUUUGGUUCAUGUUGUAAAACAAUGGAGCGAGGUGUGUGUCCAGGAGUGAGUGAUAAGUUAACUGCGAGGAUCACAUCAUCUACACUCAUCAGUAGGCUCUUUCGAGAUGAACUAUGCCUCACCUGGAAAGUGGACGAGAGCAGGCAGCUGCAGCAGGAGGCGGUUAAGUCUGGGGCUGAAUCCAAAUGUCCACCCUCUGGACCUGCAGACUGAGCCCUUGCCCUUCAGUUGUACAUAGUGUGGCAUAUUUACUGUCAUCACUUAAAGUCUGCGAGGGCAGAGACUGCAAGCAGCUGAUAGACAGCCCUCGAGACCGUUUUACUCGCUGCUGGCAUAUUCAUAUAUAUGACAUAUAAGUUGAUGAACUGCCCCUGCAGAUAUCAAGAUAUAAAUCCCAUGUAUAGACUUUUUUUGUGACUAAACAAAAAUGUAUCAGUACAUCUCUUUAUAACAGGCUGCACAUGUUCAAAAACAGAAAUGUUAUAUAAGGACAGGAUUAUAACUCAAUAAAUUGGGCAUUACUUACAUUUUUCAGCCUAUUUCACCGCUCAGCCUGAUAGGUCGCAAUAAUAAAAUGCAUUUUCAGUACUUCUACACCCUAGACUUAAACAUAUUUCUGUAUCAUGAUGUGGUUGAAUCAAGUAGCAUUUUAAUGGACCUAACUAUCUAUAACUAUUUACAUAUUAGUAAGUUGUUGUUUUUUCUGCAGUUGAAAAACCCACAAUGUCACGUACUUAUUGCAGUGAAUUGUGGGUUAUUUAAUCAGUGAAGUCUGCUGAAGUCUGCACCCCAAGCGGACUCUCAGAAAGUCAGCUUGAGGCCCCUUGUGGACUGGAUGACUUGUAGAUUUGGAACACGCCAGCAAAGGCCACGAGUCUGCAAGUGCAGUGAAGUGUGGACAUUUGGAUUCAGCCGGACAGUUUCUCGACAGCCUUCAGUCCGUACAGGAAGUCACAGAAACAGGAUAUGAUGAUGAUGUCCGAUAUGGUGUUGAUUAAUUAAAAUAUUAUCAGACUCAUAUGUCAGUUUGUUCUCAGUCUCCAAUUGUUUUAAUUAUGAUAGAUAGAUUUAUUAAAGUGCUUUACAGGCGAUUUGUAAUUUAUGUCCAUGGUUCAACCUCCAUUUUACACAAAUUCUCAUGUAAAUCAGCAUCAUAUCAGUUUGCUGCUGCAGAGCAGACCUAUCUCUCAACUACACAGGCUAAAUACAUUGUGUUUGACUAUAAGGUUAAUAUUUUCAGAGGAAAAAAAUACAAGACAACAGCUUUCAUUAGUCAGGGCUUCAUAUCUGUACAGAUGUUAUUUUAAGAAUCCUCUCGCCCCACUGACCACAUGUCUCUGUGAUGCUGAAUACUUCAAUAGUUAAAACAGUCGAAUGUUAAUAUACAGCAGACUACAUAUAGUUUAUGAUGCAGUUAAAAUGGCCAAAAGUGUGAAUAAUUGUGUUGCAGGACAAUUUAAGGUGUGCCCCUUAAUUUUUAUGCUUGUGCUCCUAAAUUUUUCAGUUAGGGGCUGCAGUGCUCUGACUAAAAAAAGUUAGUCUGGAGCCCUGGAAGUGUGUCGGCUCAUUAAUUGUUGUAAUAAUAUUGUAGCUCAGUAACAGGUGUAACGGAAUAUGAGGGUUUUCUUUCCAAAGCAAUGCAAUGUACCUCAGUAAAGGCUUUGAUAAAUAUGACAAAGACUUCUUGCCAACAUAUAAAAUUGAUUUGAAUAAGAAUUUAGUUUUACAUUGAAAUGUAAACGAUAAUAUUGUUGAGUUUCAUUCUGCACGUAAAGGAUGUACUUGUUCUGUUGGACGUAAGAUGGCGCUGUUUCAGUGGGCUAAGGUCGCAGCUGCCUGUAGUCAGUGCACCUCCGUGAUGAGGAGGUUUUUGGGAAAG